CUAAAAAAAUGUGUUUCCUGUAUGUAUGUGCAGAUUUUACUGAGUUUGAACGCCGAGGAGGAGGGGUACGAUUUUUGACACUCCCUCCGCGCUUCCCUGGGGAGGCGUUUAGCUUUGUCCCGCACAUUGUCCAUGCCUGUUAAAAGUCAUAUAUUGUAGUAUUCCCAAGGUAAAUGCCGCUAAGUUCCAUAAGGCUGACUACUUCAUUCUCCGCAUCCCCCGGUUUGUCUAGUUGGGUGUAGACAGUCAAAACAAACACCCCCAACCCCACCCCCCCCAAAAAGAAAAACAAACAACAAAAAUAAAUAAAUAAAUAAAUACUGCAGCACAUCUGUAUUUUUUUGCUGUGCGAGACAGAAUGUAAAGGGCUCCUGGAGGUGCCUCAGCGACUUGGCCUAAUUAAGAGGUGUGUGCAGCAAAGAAAGCUCACUGCCCUCUGUUAUCCAGUGGAGUUGAUCAGUGGCUGCAAUGGACUCUGACCUACCCAGAAGCCAUGUGAUUUCCAUCAGUGUAUGAAUGUAAGAAAAGACAAAGGAGAUCUGUCACUGACCACUAUGUAAGAUGACAGCAAGUCGUAUACAACACCUCCAGGGACUGAAGAGACUUGUAUGACACUCAGCAGAGGUGGAACCAUUCGGGCAGACUGUUCCUUCUUCUUCUUCAGCGCUUCAUCAGACUGAUCCAGCUGCAGUAUGACUCUGCUCGUCCACAUGCUGGCCUGUGCCUUUGGCCUGGGCUCCUGGGUGGCAGUGAACGGCCUGUGGGUGGAACUGCCGCUCAUCGUCAACACUCUCCCUGAGGGCUGGGAGCUCCCCUCAUACCUCACCGUCAUCAUCCAGCUGGCCAACCUGGGACCUCUGCUGGUUACCCUCAUGCACAAACUGUGCCCGGGUCGUCUCAAAGAGCAUGUUGUCAUUUACUGCAUCCUCUCCAUCGGUGUCCUGUCCUGCAUCCUGCUCGCCUUCUUCUGGGACGAGACCACGAUUGUGGCAGGGGCGUCUCGUAGCACCGCCUUCUUCAUCAUCACCUUCUUCCUCUCUCUGGUGGACUGCACCUCCUCAGUUACCUUCCUGCCUUUCAUGAUGCAGCUUCCAGCAAAAUACAUCACCACAUAUUUUAUUGGAGAAGGUCUGAGUGGUUUCAUCCCUGGUGUAGUUGCUCUGGCACAAGGUGUGGGCAUUGCCAAAUGCGUCAACUCCUCUCAGACUGUAGGAAACCACACAGGCGGGAAUGUGUGGUCCUUACAUACAGAGUAUCUUCCUCCAAACUUCUCCACCGAGGUGUUUUUCUUCUUCCUAGCAGCCAUGAUGUGCAUAAGCCUGGCUGCUUUUGUUGCACUGAACAGGCUUCCGCGGAUAUUCGAGCUGUCCACCGAAAACCUCGUGCCAGACACUGUGGCAUCUGUCAGCUCCGGCCUGGACAACUCCGGAGCAGAGACUAAUGGAGAGGGCGUGAAGUGCCAGGCUGAGGGUGCAGCCCAGAGCAGGCCUCUGCUGGCUGGUCCAAAACACUCUGUGUACCAGCUGACCUUCAUCUACUUUCUGGUGGUGUGGGUUAAUGCUGCCACCAACGGCCUGCUGCCCUCUGUGCAGACAUACUCCUGUAUGCCUUACGGGAACCUGGCCUAUCACCUCUCUGCUGCUCUGGCGUCAGUGGCCAACCCAGUGGCCUGCACCAUCGCAAUGUUCUUCCAAAACAGGUCACUGGUGUUUCUCGGUGUGCUGACGGCGUUGGGGACAGGAUUUGGCAGCUACAACAUGGCUAUGGCAGCUAUGAGUCCGUGUCCUUUGCUUCAAGGGUCUGUGGUGGGAGAGAUGAUCAUUGUGCUCUCAUGGCUCUUCUUCACCGGAACUCUGUCUUACGUCAAAGUAAUGGUGGGCGUCAUCCUGAGAGACCGGAGCCACAGCGCCCUGGUGUGGUGUGGAGCUGCGGCACAGGCGGGCUCUCUGGUCGGCUCGGUCACCAUGUUCCCGCUGGUGAACGUCUACCGGCUGUUUAAAUCUGGAGACUUCUGCAACACCGAAUGUCCUUUAUCAUAGUUAAUCUCAGAACCACAGCACAAAGGACGCUGUAGACACAUACAAGCCACAUAGGCCGUGUGUCCGUCAGCGUGUUUUUAAGUAUCGCAUUAAAAAAGUUUGAUGGAAAUGGCAAAAUUACACUUGAUUUUUUUUUUUUUUUUUGUCUUUUUCUCGAAAAGCAGUUAAUGCGCUGAAUGGGCGAUAGAAACACUCCCAAAUAAGUUCUGGCGUAGCCAGCGUUUAACUCACGUGACCGCUCAGCUGUUUUAGCUUCUGAAGAAGAAGAAGAAGAAAGAAGAAGAAGCUUCCGGCGUCUUUUCCUGACAUGCCCGUAAAGCGCGAAAGCAUGGCGGACGGAAGCAACAGGUAUGUGAGCUGAUGAGCAGACCGAAUUAUUGCUCGGUCUCAACCAUGAAAAAACAAAACAACCUUCUUCAAUGUUUUAUUGGCAGUUCACAACCGUCAUUAAACAAAAACUGUUUUCCGACAUUUCAAAAAAGUUCAAAUUCAGAUUACAAUUAUAUGGAAAUACGGCUAUAGUUUGACAUAUUGGGAAAUAUACUUACUCAAUUUCUACCCGAGAGCUGGAGGAAAAGAUCGGUGCAACUCUUAAAUCUGUGGGUUAAGUAUGGUUCGAGAUGUGGGACUGAAUUUGCGUAGUAUAGCAUCAAAAAUGGAAGUAGCUGCUUAGCUGUCUCUCCCCACAGUACCAAAACCCACCUGCUAGGACCUAUAGAGGUGCUGGUAAGCACAUUUUAUUUGGACAGAGCCAGGUUCCCCGUUUCCAGUCCGUGUGUUAAGCUAAGCUAAGCUAAGCUAACCCACAGUUGGCUGUAGCUUCAUGAGGUACAGGCAUAAGAGUUGUAUUAAUCUUUUUAUGUAUCUGUCCUCAGGAAAGCGCCUGAGUGUUUUUCUUUCUUUUUUUUUUUCCAAAAUGUGGAUCUAUUAUUUUGACUUUCUUCUGCAUCCUUUAGCUGUUUAAAAAGUUAUGUUUUUACAUUAUUUUUUUCUUUGUGAUUUUAAUGUUUGCACUUUAUCAAUGUUUGUGUCAAAGUCAUUAAUGCCCUUUGGUGGAAAAAAGCUAUAAACUUGUAAAAAAAAAAAUUAAAUAUAAGAGGUUUGACACUGAAAUGAAAUCUUUUAUUUAUUCUCUUGCUAUAAAGUGCAUUUCACCAGUCAUGAAACUGUUAGUGUGUUUGCCCACUAGAUGGCGCAAGCACGCCAUCUGUUACUCCGCGUUCUGGCACCAAGUGACCACAGAUCCCUGCAUAAGAAAUGCAUGCAUUCUGUGUACAUGAGAAAAUAAAAUGAAGAAUUUAUCACUGACUUUUAUACACCU